UUUUGUAGGUGCAAACUGUAAUAAUCGUAACUUUAGUGGAAAGGUUGAAAUUCUGCCAUUCAUAAUUUUCUCAAAAGUCUCCAUCAGAAUAUUUCAUCUGCGGUUAUCGGCGAUUGAAGCAAAAAUCGUAGAUUUCAUCCGCUGAACGAAAGGACUUUCUUGGGAUUGAUGGCUUCCAAGAUUCAGCAACUGCAAUCUAAGGCUUGUCAAGCUUCACAGUUUCUCUCUAAGCAUGGUACUACCUACUACAAACAGUUGCUGGAGCAGAACAAACAGUAUAUUGUAGAGCCACCCACUGUUGAAAAAUGCAAUGAAUUGUCCAAGCAGUUGCUCUACACUCGCCUUGCCAGCAUCCCUGGCCGUUAUGAGUCAUUUUGGAAGGAAGUCGACUCUGUCAAGCACUUGUGGAGGAACAGAAAGGAAGUGAAGGUUGAAGAUGCAGGCAUUGCUGCUUUGUUCGGCUUGGAAUGCUUUGCAUGGUAUUGUGCUGGUGAGAUAGUAGGAAGAGGAUUUACAUUCACUGGUUACUAUGUCUAAGAUAACAGUUUCUGAAAAUUUGUUUGGGCAAAUUGAACAAUUGUAAGGUCUCUCUUUUCUAUUAGGAUGAGUUGAGUAACAGGGAAUUCAUACAACAUUUUGUUUCCCAAGAGAGUUUUUGGAUCUGAGAAAUCCGUGUUUAAAUUGAUGCAAUAAUUUACUCGUCUUUGCUCAUUUCAUUCCCACUUCAGUGGAGAGGCUUAGACUGAACUUUGUAAAAGGUAACUUUAUCUUUUGAGUGAUAGUGCUGCUUAUGACAAUAUCUGUCUUUG